AUGUGCACGACUUGCGAGGUCAAAGUGAACUCGCCUGCACCCGCGACCGUCGUGAGCGAAACCCGACGGGACAACAUCCGGGUCAAACUGCCAGAAUUCUCUGGGCACCCAUACGAAGACCCGGAGAAAUUCACACGGGCGUGCCAGGACCGCCUGGCCAGGUACGGCGUACCUAAGGAAGAGUGGACGGAACGCGUCACGGAGCAGCUUAGGGGGCCAGCAAUGGACUGGUGGUCCAUGACGGGCGAAUACGGCGUGGAACGGGAGGACUUUGCGCCACGCCUGGAAGCUCGGUUCAAUGCCGCCCGCGCAUGCGCCCAGUGCCAGCGCGCCCUGUUCUGCGAACCACAAAGAGCAGACGAGGACGUGGAGACCUUCAUCCGGUCCAAGGUGAGGCUACACCGACGUCUAGACGCCGGCGGGCCGGUCAACACGGCGCUUGACGUGACAGUAGAGCUAAUGAAGAGGGAGCUGCGCCUGCACCUGCGGGGGGCCGUGGACAGUGAGCUCGAGGACUUCGUCCAACUGGCGAAAGAAAUCGAGCAGGACCUACGCCUGUCACCGCGCCCGCGGGACACCGCAGCCCGCCGCCAAGGGGCAUCCCCAUCAUCCACGACGGCCCCAGAGGAUGCGUGGGCGGUAGUACCGUACGUGAACCUCCAUUCCCCUUCCGGCACCAUCCGCCGGGGGGGCGAGGUCAGGGAGAGAAGGGCCACAACGCAACCCGCCGUGCCCUCGGCCAACACCACCACACCGCGGGCCGCGCGCGCUAACCCGCGGGCCGAUGGACAGCGAGACCGGCCCCCACGGUGCCAUUACUGCAGGGAGGAGGCCUACCACUGGCACGAGCACCCGUCAACGUCCUGCACCAGGUCGUCCACGAGCGACGCCGCGUCACUGGCGCCCCCGACGUACCCGGCACAACCUGCAGGACCUGAACGGGCACCACCGCUGUGGCUGGGGCGAGCGGGAAACACCACGGACAAGCUGAUGCGGGUGCCCGUCCUGCUGAAUGGCCAGCCUGUCCACGCCCUGGUGGACACCGCGGCGAGCCACACCUACGUCGUGGCCCACUUGGUGCCCGAGGCGGACCUGGAGCAGCAGGAGGGAGGCGUCCAGCUGGCCACCUGGGGAGCUAGCGCGCUCAUGACGGGGCGCGCCCAGGUAAGGAUCGCCGUCAGGGAUAUGUGCAGUCGGACAACAGCCCUGGUGGUGCCGGAGCUGAGGGACGACCUGAUCCUGGGACUACCGUGGCUCGUACAGGAGGACGCCGCCAUCGACGUAGGUGAGGGUAGAAUUCACGUCGGGCGUCAGGGAAGGAGGACACUGUACAGUGUAAACCAGAGGGGGACAGUCCCGCCAACCCCCGCCAUCACCCUAGCGGACCUGCAGAAUGAGGUGCCCCCUGAGUACAGGAACAUGAUCAACGAGGUACUGGCCCAACAAGCGCAGGUGUUCGCCGCUGCGGACAUGCUGCGGCGGACCACAGUCACCCAACACACCAUCCCGACACGACCCCACGAGCCCCGCUUUGUCAAGCCCUUCGGUUUCGGACCAAGGGAGCGAGAGGCGAUUCAAACCCAGAUCGCGGAGAUGUUGCAGGAUGGGGUAAUCGAACCAAGUGAUUCGCCGUACAAUUGCUUGGUAGUGAUGGCCAAGAAGAAGGACGGCUCACUCCGGUUCUGCGUAAACUUCAAGCCCAUUAACGCAGUCACCAUCCUCACCCCUCCACCGAUCAUCAACAUCACGGAUGCCCUAGCCGGGUUGGGGGAAGCAGGAAUAUUCACCUCACUGGACCUCAAGUCAGGGUACUGGCAGGUACCUGUCUGCCCUGAGGACCGGCCGAAGACGGCCUUCACCGCGCCCGACGGCCGCAGACCAUGA